AUGUCAUAUAAAUCAAAGUACCAUUCAGAAGAAGAUGAAGAAUAUGAGAAGAAAGAUGAAGAAAUAAAAAGGAUGAAUGAAAAGAAAAGUGAGGACCAAAUUAAGGAGAUAGAAAAUCAGAAUGACAAGAAAAAAAGAGGUAUAACAAGAAAUGGUUAUAGAAGAACUUCGUCUACUGAAAAAAGUAGUACUAACCCCACUCACUCCAACGAAAAUGUCAAAUACCAACAAAAAGAAAGAGGGUCAUUAAAUAAAGUUCCAAAACAAAGUGUAAAAGUAGAAGAGAAACAAGAAAAAGAAAUUGAUGAAAAAAGUAAAAAAGAGAUAAAAGAAGAAGAAAAAGUGGUGUAUAAAAGUAUUAAAAGUGAUGAACUAAAAGAGUACCAACAAGAAAACAAAGAAUUACUUAUUAAUGAAAAUGACCAAUUAUCAUAUAUUCGUCAGCAAAUUAAAAAUACUGAACAAUUAUUAGAACAAUUAAAAAAAGAAGAACAACGACUAAAAGGAAAAGUUAUAGAAGGAAAAAGUCAAAUAACUCAAAAUGAAAAUAUUGUGGUUGAUGUGAUGUGUGUUCUUCCAAAUGGUAAACAAAUUUGGAUUAAUAUUAAUAAAGAUGACGACCCAAAUCAAAUAUGUAAGAAUUUAUCAAAUGAAUACUUACUUUCGAAAGAGUCUGAACAAAAAUUAUUGAAUUACAUUAUUGAAGCACAACAUCAAUAA